GUGAGUACAGCACCUCAACCACCGAGCUCACCGAUGGAUCCACUGACCAAGGAGUCCUGUGGGAGUCCGAUGGCCCAGACGCUUUUCUGGAAAGCCAAGUCAUCGCUCUCCUUUGGCAUCCAGUCCCUUCAGAUGUGGCCCACCAAAGACGCUGAACUAGAGUCCCAGGUCAACCUCUCUGUCUCGGAAGACCUAGGCUGUAGACGUGGGGAUUUCAGUAGGAAACAUUAUGGAUCUGUGGAGCUGCUCAUCUCCAGUGACGCUGACGGCGCCAUACAGCGGGCUGGAAGAUUCAGAGUGGAAAAUGGCUCCUCGGAUGAGAACACGGCUGCGCUGCCAGGCACUUGGCGAAGAACGGAUGUGCACUUGGAGAACCCAGAAUACCAUACCCGAUGGUACUUCAAGUAUUUUUUAGGACAAGUCCACCAGAAUUACAUUGGAAACGAUGCAGAGAAGAGCCCCUUUUUCUUGUCUGUGACUCUCUCUGACCAGAACAACCAGCGCGUCCCUCAAUACCGGGCAAUCCUCUGGAGGAAAACAGGUACCCAGAAAAUAUGCCUGCCCUACAGCCCCACAAAAACCCUGUCUGUGAAGUCCAUCUUAAGUGCCAUGAAUCUGGACAAAUUCGAGAAAGGUCCCAGGGAAAUUUUUCAUCCCGAGAUACAAAAGGACUUGCUGGUUCUUGAAGAACAAGAGGGCUCUGUGAAUUUCAAGUUUGGGGUUCUUUUUGCCAGAGACGGCCAGCUCACUGACGACGAAAUGUUCAGCAAUGAAACUGGAAGUGAAGCUUUCCAAAAAUUCUUACAACUCCUGGGUGACACCAUCACCCUCAAGGGCUGGACGGGCUACCGAGGUGGUCUGGACACCAAAAACGACACCACGGGCAUCCAUUCUGUGUACACGGUGUACCAAGGGCACGAGAUCAUGUUCCACGUCUCCACCAUGUUGCCGUACUCCAAAGAGAACAAACAGCAGGUGGAACGGAAGCGCCACAUUGGGAACGACAUCGUGACCAUCGUGUUCCAGGAAGGAGAGGAGACGUGCCCUGCCUUCAAGCCUUCCAUGAUCCGCUCCCACUUCACACAUAUCUUUGCCUUAGUGAGAUACGACCAACAAAAUGACAAUUACAGGCUGAAAAUUUUUUCAGAAGAAAGCGUCCCACUCUUUGGCCCACCCUUGCCAUCCCCACCGGUGUUUACAGAUCACCAGGAAUUCAGGGACUUUUUGCUGGUGAAAUUAAUCAAUGGUGAAAAAGCCACUUUGGAAACCCCCACCUUUGCCCAGAAGCGCCGGCGUACUCUGGAUAUGCUGAUCCGAUCCUUAUAUCAGGAUCUGAUGCCAGAUCUGCACAAGAACAUGCUUAACAGACGGUCCUUCAGUGAUGUGUUACCCGAAUCGCCCAAGUCGGCCCGGAAGAAAGAGGAGGCGCGCCAGGCUGAAUUCGUCAGAAUCGGGCAGGCCCUGAAGCUGAAGUCCACAGUAAGAGGAGACGCCCCAUCCAGCUUGGCAGCUUCAGGGAUCUGUAAAAGAGAGCCCUGGGAGCCCCAGUGUUUCUGCAGUAAUUUCCCCCAUGAAGCCGUGUGCGCAGACCCCUGGGGCCAGGCCCUGCUGGUUUCCACGGAUGCCGGUGUCUUGCUAGUGGAUGACGACCUCCCGCCAGUGCCCGUGUUCGACAGGUCGCUGCCCGUGAAGCAGGUGCACGUGCUGGAGACGCUGGACCUCCUGGUGCUCAGAGCAGACAAAGGAAAGGAUGCCCGCCUCUUUGUCUUCCGGCUAAGUGCCUUGCAGAAGGGCCUCGACGCCAAACAGGCCGGGAAGGGCAGGUCCGACUGCCGGGAGAACAAGCUGGAAAAGACAAAAGGCUGCCACUUGUAUGCAAUUAACACUCACCAUAGCCGGGAGCUGAGGAUUGUGGUCGCCAUUCGGAAUAAACUGCUCCUGAUCACCAGGAAACACAAGAAGCCGAGCGGGGGCCCCGGCCUCUCCUCGCUGUCCCCAGUGUCUGAGUCACCAGUUGAAGAAUUCCAGUACAUCAGGGAAAUCUGCCUGUCGGACUCACCCGUGGUGAUGACCCUGGUGGACGGGCCGACGGAAGAGAGUGACAACCUCAUCUGCGUGGCUUACCGACACCAGUUCGAUGUGGUGAACGAGAGCACGGGGGAGGCCUUCCGGCUGCACCACGUGGAGGCCAACAGGGUUAAUUUUGUUGCAGCUAUUGAUGUGUACGAAGAUGGAGAGGCUGGCCUGCUCCUGUGUCACAACUACAGCUGCAUCUAUAAAAAAGUUUGCCCGUUCAAUGGCGGCUCUUUCUUGGUGCAGCCCUCCGCAUCAGAUUUCCAGUUCUGUUGGAACCAAGCUCCGUGUGCGAUUGUCUGCGCCUUCCCUUACCUCCUGGCCUUCACCACUGAUGCCAUGGAGAUCCGCCUGGUGGUGAAUGGGAACCUGGUCCACACGGCCGUGGUGCCGCAACUGCAGCUCGUGGCUUCCAGGUCGGACAUAUACUUCACAGCAGCUGCGGCCAGCAAUGAGGUUUCGUCUGGAGGCAGCUCCAAGGGGGCCAGUGCCCACAGCUCCCCCCAGACACCCCCCGGCCGAGACGCUCCCGCGUUUCCUUCUUCCCUGGGGGAAGGUGAAAUCCAGUCCAAAAAUCUGUACAAGAUUCCACUGCGAAACUUGGUGGGCAGAAGCAUCGAGCGACCUCUGAAAUCCCCCCUAGUCUCCAAGGUCAUCACGCCACCCACCUCCAUCGGGGUCGGCAUUGCUGCCAUCCCCGUCACCCACUCCUUGUCGCUGUCCCGCAUGGAAAUCAAAGAAAUAGCCAGCAGGACCCGCAGGGAGCUGCUGGGCCUCUCAGAUGAAGGCGGAGCCAGGUCAGAAGGAGCGCCCAGGACUAAGUCAAAAGCCAGGAAGCGGUUAGAAGAGAGCCCAGCAGCCCCUAAGCUGGGGACAGCGAGAUCAACCAGCAGUGACAGGAUCACAUCAGGCUCCCUGGAAAGUCCUUCUGCUUCCGAAGCUAACCCAGAUGGGCGCGAGCCUACAGCGCCAGCAGCCGAGAGAGAAGGCAGCCCGGUGAGCGGUGGUGGCCCCUUCCAGCUCGCUGCCUCCUCCGAGGAGGACAUCAUUGAUUUGAAGUGA